CCUCAUUCAGCCACGGAGCGCAAAGGAGACGGAGCUCUGCGGAUCCACAGCAGAGCGUCAGGAACCAGAGUGCGCAUGGAGCUGCUGCCCCGGGGAGCUCGGACGCUGCUGCCGCCGCUGCUGCUGCUGCUGCCGCCGCUGCUGCUGCUGCCGCCGCUGCUGCUGCUCGGCCUCAGCCGCCCCGUAGGAGCCGGAGAUGGCCGCAGAGUAUGCCAGGGGACGAGUAACCUCCUGACUCUGCUGGGAACUCGGGAAUACCAUUACGAAAGCAUGGUGAGGAUGUACUCCAACUGCUCUGUGGUUCUGGAGAACCUGGAGAUCACGUACACUCUGGAAAACCAGGACCUGUCCUUCCUGCAGUCAAUCCAGGAAGUUGGGGGCUACGUUCUGAUCGCCAUGAACGAUGUGGCGACCGUCCCGCUGGUCAAUCUAAGGCUGAUCCGAGGACAAAACCUCUACGACAAGUUUGCUCUGCUUGUGAUGUCCAACUACCACAGCAACAACAUUACUGGAGCGCCCAGAUACACCAGCGGCCUGCGGCAGCUGCAGCUCAGCCGCCUGACCGAGAUUUUAAAUGGAGGGGUGAAGGUAACCAACAAUCCUCUUUUGUGUAACAUGGAGAAAAUCCAGUGGUGGGACAUCGUUGACAAAGCCAGAAAUUUCAGCGUGCUUCUGAAGUUUGACGACUACAAGCGAGAUUGUGAGAGGUGUGACCCCGGGUGUGUCAACGACUCAUGUUGGGCAGCGGGACCGGAUCACUGUCAAAAAUUCACCAAGCUAGUGUGUGCUGAGCAGUGUGGGCCCGGGAGGUGUAGCGGCCCCAAACCCUUGGACUGUUGUAACCAACACUGUGCUGCAGGCUGCACUGGACCUCUAGCCACUGACUGCCUGGCCUGCAAAAACUUUAAUGAUGAUGGUAUCUGUAAGGACUCCUGUCCUCCUUUAAACCUCUAUAACCACAAAAGCCAGCAGGUGGUCGAAAACCCCAACGCCAAGUACAGCUUUGGAGCAACGUGUGUUAAGGCCUGCCCACACAAUUACGUGGUGACUGAGGGCUCAUGUGUCCGGGCCUGCAGCCCCAACACAUAUGAGGUGGAGGAGAAUGGAGUCCAACGCUGCAAAAGAUGCGAAGGGCCUUGUCCUAAAGCCUGUGAUGGAGUCGGCGUUGGUAGACUCACCAACACAAUCGCUGUCAACUCUUCAAACAUCGAAUCUUUUAGGAAUUGCACAAAGAUCAAUGGAGACAUCGUUUUCCUCAAAUCUUCCUUUUCGGGAGAUCAGCACUACAACAUCCCACCCAUGGACCCUAAGAAGCUGGAAUACUUCAGGACAGUGAAGGAAAUCACAGGGCACCUCUUGAUCCAGACCUGGCCAGAGAACAUGACGUCUCUGUCUGUGUUCGAAAACCUGGAGAUCAUCAGAGGGAGGUCCCUGUUUGUGAAUAAAUACAGCUUUGUGGUGGUGGGUGCCGAUAACCUGCAUUGGUUAGGCCUGCGGUCCCUGAAGGAGCUGAGUGCCGGGAACGUGCGCCUGAAGGACAACAAACUGCUGUGUUACUCCAAAGCCAUGAACUGGUCCUACCUUUUCAGAGACAAAACACAAAUAGUGGAUCAAACUCCCCCAGUGGACGUGUGCGAAGGGCAGAAUCAAACCUGUGACCAGCAGUGCUCGAGCAAGGGCUGCUGGGGUCCAGGCACCAACAUGUGUCUGUCCUGCCAGUACUUUAACCGCAAGCAGCACUGUGUGGAGCGCUGCAACUUGCUACAGGGUGAACCUCGGGAGGUGGAGGUGGAAGGCAGCUGUGUCGAGUGUCACCCAGAAUGUUUGGUGAUGACUGGGACCCAGACCUGCCACGGACCGGGGCCAGACCAGUGUUCCCAGUGUGCCCACUUUAAGGAUGGUUCCCACUGCGUACGGAUGUGCCCCCAUGGAGUUCUUGAUGACGAAAACAUGUUGAUUUGGAAAUAUGCUGAUCAGAAUGGCCAGUGCCAGCUGUGCCAUCAGAACUGCUCUCAGGGGUGUUCUGGACCAGGACUGUCGGGGUGCUCGAGAACCACUACACACUCCUCUCUGGCAGUGGGCGUGGUCAGCGGGCUUCUGGUCGCAGUAAUCGUCUUACUGUUUGUCCUUGUGUAUGUGCGCCGGCAGCGAAUUAAGAAGAAGAGGACUUUACGGCGCUUGUUGCAGGAGAAGGAGCUGGUGGAACCUCUAACUCCAAGUGGUCAAGCUCCCAACCAGGCGCUGCUGAGGAUCCUGAAGGAGACAGAGUUCAAGAAGGUCAGGGUGCUCGGCUCAGGUGCAUUUGGGACAGUCUUCAAGGGUCUGUGGGUUCCCGAGGGGGAGAACGUUAGGAUCCCAGUUGCCAUCAAAGUCCUUCGAGAGGCCACAUCACCCAAAGCAAAUCAAGAAGUCCUAGAUGAGGCGUAUGUGAUGGCGAGCGUGGAUCACCCUCACGUGUGUCGUCUGCUUGGCAUCUGCCUGACAUCCUCCGUUCAGCUUGUGACUCAGUUGAUGCCGUACGGCUGUUUGCUGGACUAUGUCCGGCAGCACAAGGACCGCAUCUGUGCCCAGUGGCUGCUCAACUGGUGUGUCCAGAUCGCCAAGGGCAUGAACUACCUGGAGGAGCGCCACCUUGUGCAUCGAGAUCUGGCAGCAAGGAACGUCCUGCUGAAAAAUCCAAACCAUAUUAAGAUCACAGACUUUGGCCUGGCCAAGCUGCUGACAGCUGAUGAGAAAGAAUACCAUGCAGAUGGAGGAAAGGUUCCCAUAAAGUGGAUGGCCUUAGAGUCAAUCCUACAGUGGACCUACACUCAUCAGAGCGACGUGUGGAGCUAUGGGGUGACUGUUUGGGAGCUGAUGACAUUUGGUUCCAAACCCUAUGACGGCAUCGCGGCCAGUGAGAUCGCCACAGUGCUGGAAAGGGGAGAGCGUCUGCCUCAGCCACCGAUUUGCACCAUUGACGUCUACAUGAUAAUGGUUAAAUGCUGGAUGAUUGACCCAUCUAGUCGUCCCAAGUUUAAAGAGCUGAUCAUGGAGUUCUCUCAAAUGGCUCGUGACCCAUCCAGAUACCUCGUCAUCAGGGGAGAUUUGCCGAGUCCGUCAGACUCCAGGUUUUUCUCCCGCCUGCUGAGCUCAGAUGACAUGGAGGAAAUAGCUGAUGCAGAUGAAUACCUGCUACCAAACAAACGCCUGAUUCCCCCUGACAGCCAUCCAUGCGGUGCAACGAAUGGUCAUCUGGUCAGAGAGAACAGCGGGGCUCUGCGAUACAUUACUGACCCCACCCAGAGUGGGCUGGAUAAGGAUGACAUUUUCGGCCAUGAAUACAUGAACCAGAGUGUCAGUGAAACCAGCAGGAGCAGCAGGUUGUCGGAGGUUCUGAAUCCCAACUAUGAGGAUCUGAGCCUGGCUAGCAGCACUGCCUCACUUCACCUCUCACCAGAAAAUUUGGAGCCCUCAGGACCUCAAUACCUAAACACAACAAAAGUUCAGCGCCCCCUGCAGGCCAGUGACAGCCUUGAAAACCCAGACUACCAGGCUGCCUUCCUUUCCCCCACAGGCACUGCAUCAUUGGGAAACAGUCUGUUCCUUCCUGCAGCAGAGAACCUUGAGUACUUGGGACUUAGUGCUGCACAGUGUGCCCCUGUACGCUAGGGGGCAGCGGUGUGCAACUGUUUGCAGGGCCAAGCUAUGGUUUACUUUAUUCAGGCAGCUCCGUAUUUAAAUCCACGUUUUUUUCUGUCAGUCAUUUUAGGCAAAUGUUGUCUUGUUGAGUCUGAAGUGGAAACCCGACUGCCUUUAGUCCAGAACCAUAACAUUAAAUCAAGAUAUUUGAUGGGUGGGACCCAAAGAACCCAGCUCAGACCCUCAGUUCCGUCUCUGCUAACGUGGAAUCGGAUUUGAGGAGGUUUCAUGCAGACUGCAGGCUCAUACUGGACCAGCUCGACCAUCCAUUCUGCAGCUUCUUUCUCACAGUGCUGGAACAUGUCCUUCACUUGAUGAAUCCACAUAAAGCACCUGCCUACCACAAACACAAGGCACAAAAGCAGAGGCACGUUUGAAAAAACAUCUGGUUUGAGGGACAGAAGUGGUUUCACAGUGCUAAUGCUGGGGAGCGCGGCCUUUCCACAGAUGUUACUCUGGAGCUGUCGCACUGCAACAAGCUGUACACCUCCAGUCUCCAAUCAAGACCGUAUGUAUCCAUUGGAGCAUCAUGUUUGAAAACUGUGGAUGGUAAUCCAAGUCAAACUGUGAAAAUAAAACUGUUGGUUCUCAUCUUUGGGGGUUAAAGUUUAGCCAGACCUCUUCUGUUAGGAGUUCAAGCAGACAGCAGCGCCCCCUGCUGGUUCUGUGCAGACUUCGUACCUCCACAAUGCCACAGGCACCUCCUUAACACUGUAAAUAGACAACUAAAAGCACUGAGUUUGAAUGUUUAAAGAAGAUACUGUCAGUGUAAUGUUUUUAAGUGUUCACUGUUUUUGCUAAUAUCCCUCCUAGACCCCUCGCCCCAACCAUGAAUCUGAUCCUCAGGUGAAGAUGAUGAACAGCAUUUGUGUUCUGGUUGUUUGUGUAAAUUAUGAAGCUCUGUCACCAGAACCUAGCAUCAGACUCUUCUUCAGGUCCCUGACUUUGGUUUGUGUGUCCGUAUGUAGCAUCCUAGUUGAACUUUUAUGGGGGUCUAACAGGUUUUAACUGCGACUUACUUGACAAGAAUGAGCCAAACGUCUUGCUAAUUUGUGUUUGCUGCUGAUUUGAAUGUAUAAAAGCUGUGUGUGCAUCAUU